AUGCGCACCCCCACCCAAGUGGUCUAUGUCUCUGGCGGUCGUGGAGGCGAUGGUGGACCAAGCUAUGCGGGGGAUGCGGGGCACGGAGGACGUGGAGAGGGACCGCGGUUCGAGAUGCGGCAUAACAAAAUCUCGUAUGGCCUCAUUCUCGUGUUUUGUUUCGUCUACAUGCUCAUGACGCUGUUAAACAGCAUGUAUUUCAAUCAAGAAGACCAACGCAAGGAGCGAAAGACCAUCCUUGAGUGGCUGUCGCCGAUCAACUUUCUUGUGCGGCACCAGGAGCUAAGCGAGACGCGACAACGCGGCACGGGGGAAUGGAUUCUGCUCCAUCCAGUAUUUCUUGAGUGGAAAUCGACGCCGGGGAAAGUGUUGUGGUGUUCUGGGAUUCGUGAGUCGUUCAAUGCCAUGUCUGCUAAAAUUCGUGCUAAUAUUGGGACUGCUUCAGCUGGAGCAGGCAAAACUGUUCUUGCUUCCAAGAUUUUUGACCAUUUGUUGACCUUGCAACUCAAGCAAGACACAAUUGGGCUUGCUUGCAUCUAUCUGAACUACAAGGAUGCAGAGACUCAGACAUACAAGAACUUGCUGGCUGCACUGUGGCGGCAGCUAGUGAUAAACCAAGAUAUGACUCCUGCACAGCAUCUCUAUAGUGAACGACAUCUCAAACAGGGUGUUACUGCAACAUUGGAUGAUAUAGGGAGUCUAUUAGUAGCCCUGGUUGCCCAGCUCUCACAAGUCUUCAUCGUGCUUGAUGCACUUGAUGAGUACUCUGGGGAUUGCGAUGCAUUGGUUCAGCAGAUCCAAGAUCUGGGUGCUAACAUUCAUAUAAUUGUCAUGACUAGGGUGCACAUUGUACCACCUGCUACUCUUAGCAUUCUUGAACUUGAAAUCACAGCUCAUCAAGAAGAUAUCAAUACAUAUGUCAUUGCCAAAUUACAGGAUAGAAGGCUUAAGAGGUUUCUCAACAAUAAUACAGCCCUGCAAGUCAAGAUCCUUGAACAAAUUAAUCAAACAGCUGAUAAAAUGUAA